UUGAUCUUCUUUUUCAUUCAAUCGAUCGAUCUAUCUAUCUAUCCUAUUCUGAUUGUUUUCCUUUUCCAUGUAUAACUCGCGUAUCCAUUUGUAUUGCGUAUGUACGAAUGGUUCGUAAGGUACACAACCUGUAUCAUCUUUCGUACGUAUUAACGAAUCUAGAAGAAAGCGGGAAAUUCGAUUUUCGUCACGCGAUUUGUACAUGUGCGACCUGGAGGAAAUAGGACGUUCGAUUUAACAAAAAUACGCCCUGUGAAAUCUACAUAUACAUAUAUGCAUAUAUAUAUAUAUAUAUAUAUAUUGUAUACAUAUAUAUAUCUAUAUAUAUCGCCGUCGAUAGAGUGACAUUCGUGAUUGAUUUAUUUAAGUUUUAUUUUGUUGUUUGAAUUAUAUGUUUCGUUUUAUUACGGCUAUUUGCGAAAAGUUCUUCGACGUUUAAAGAGAACAAAAAAAAAAAGAAAAGAAGAAAAUCAUCCACGUGUGAGGAGGAUCACUACUCUCCUCCCACCUCCAGCAUCAAGUUAAGGAAAAUCGUUUUUUUUUCCCGGUGAUAUUAUGGCGCAAACUUACAAUCAGAAGAAAAACGUUUACAGCAUCGAUCAGAUCUUGGGCCAUGCCAAAGACGAAGGUUGCAGAUCAUGCGACGUCGUCCGAUACAGUUGGCGAUAACGGUGACACCGAGCUGGGACAUCUUAGCGAUCAUCAAAUGAGCGACGGGCUUCACGACUCGUUGAAUCUCGGUGAAUCAGACAGACCGAGGAAGGUUCGAAGGUCGAGGACAACAUUCACGACUUAUCAACUACACGAGCUUGAAAAUGCUUUUGGGAAGACGCAAUAUCCGGAUGUUUUCACAAGAGAGGAACUGGCGAUGCGUUUGGACCUGUCAGAAGCUCGAGUUCAGGUAUGGUUCCAAAAUCGUCGAGCCAAAUGGCGUAAGAAAGAAAAAGCUCUUGGAAGGGACACGAGCUUUAUGCACGUCGAGCAGGGAGGUGUGAACGAGUUGUCGCUGCACGCACGGUUACUCCAAUCGGCCGGUGGUGUACCAGGUGCGGAUCCAUCGGGUCCACCAAGCGGAGCCUUCCCGUGGUUCAUACCACCGGUAUUUCCACCCCCUUGGCCAGCUAGCGCACCAAAAUUACCACCGUUGCACGCGAUUCUUUCGCAGUAUAUUGGUUUACCAUUACCGCAAAACUUGGCGUCCUUAAGCACGGUCCUACCGGUUGGUCUAAAUCCAGCAGCGUCUUCAUUAAAUCACAACAACGUUAAUGGCCAUACAUUGGGGAAUCAUUUGCAUGGACACCCGUUGAAUCUUGGUGUCCAAAAUUUGCCGCAAAAUUUGAGCUCGAAGCACGAGAAGGAAGACGACUCGUCGUCGGAAGACGAAAUCAGAAGACAAAGCGCCGAGGUUCUCAGAGUUAAGGCUGAAGAGAUUAUACGUAAAGCGGAUAAUUAAUAAGCGAAUUCAAAUGAGGAUCAUCGGUUUGUUCUUUGAUUAUUUGUUUCAUUUUGGUGAUUGUUAUUGAAAUAAAUUCAAUGGACUUGGUGGUAAUCAAACGAAACCAAACAAAACAAAACUAAUUGCUGUGAUUAGCUGGAACCAUAAUAAGUCCAAGAUGAGGUCACGAAGAAAAAUAAAAAAUGGGAAUGAUAAUACUAUUUCCACAUGGACAAUCCGUAACAUACAUAAUAUGCAUGCAUACGUAGUAUCACUACUGCUACUUCUACUACUACUACUACUACUACUGCGUGUACUUUAAUGUCGGCAUUGACUUACAACGCAAUCAAGUAAGCCGUCGUUGAUGUUCGCCUCACCGUCGUAGUCCUUUUGCAUAUGUCGAUAUCAUAAAGAUGUAGUCGAUAUCGCGUGCAUGCAAGACUCGCGCUCGGUGUCGCGUUUAUUGGGACACACGUAUGUAUGUAUUUACAAAGUGUAAAUGUAAACACGUAGAAAAAGAGAGAGAGGGAAAACACGCGAUUCGCUCUUAGAACUAACUAUGCGUCGUUUAUGCAUAGAAACCGAACGAGAACCGAUAGUUUAAAAAAGUAAACGAAAAGAAAUAAGAAGAAGAAGAAGAAGAAGAAGAAGAAGAAGAAGAAGAGAAUGCUUGAAAUAACAACAAAUUUUGUGGGCGGAUCGGAGGAGUCCGUUAAUUUUGUAAAAUUACACACCUGUGUGAUAAUACGUAGUACAGGUGUAACUCGAAAACAGUGAUGAUUAUGAUUACGACGAUGAUGAUUACGAUGAUAACGAUGGUGGUGAUGAUAAUGAUGGUUUUCUUUAUGUAAAUAUGUAGGUAACCGAUUAUGUUAAAAAAUAUAUGAGAACAGAUAAU